UAAAACAUACUAACUAAUAAGCUUUAAACAAUGGAGGGGCCUGUGGUGGACGAGGAGUACAUGACGGAGAUCGAGAAGGCUCGGAGGGACCUCCGAGCCCUCAUCUCCAACGACGUCGCCACUGCCCCUCUCAUGCUCCGCCUCGCAUGGGAUGAUGCUGGGACUUAUGAUAAGGAAACAAAUACAGGUGGUCCGAAUGGUUCGAUCAGAUUUGAGGAAUACAAGCAUAGCGCCUCUUAUGACCUAAAGAGUGCUAUUGAUCUUUUAGGUUUUGCCGUCGCCAUGGAUAGAGAGGAGAGUGUGAAAAAGGCGAUGGAACUCAACAUUGAAAUACAAAGUAUAUAUAGAAGGGAGCUGGUGAAGGCACAGCAUCCAAAAAUCACAUAUGCAGAUCUCUAUCAGCUUGCUGGUGUUGUUGCUGUGGAAGCUACCGGUGGACCGACUAUCGACUUUGUUCCUGGCAGAAAGGAUUCAGCGGUCUGCGCAAACGAAGGAUUGCUCCCAGAUUUUAGUAAAGGGGCACAGCAUCUAAGAGACGUCUUUUAUCGGAUGGGCCUAUCGGACAAGGAUAUUGUCGCACUAUCUGGCGGUCAGAUACUGGAGAGAUCAAUACUUAAUGUUGAUGGGAGCCAAAACAUCUUUCUCAAAUUUGACAACAGCUAUUUUGUGAAACUGCUAAAAGAAGAAUCAGCACAGCUUCUGCAUCCACUUGACAAGGCUUUAGUGGAUGAUCCUGCAUUCCGCAGUUAUGUUGAGCAAUAUGCAAAGGAUGAAGAUGCAUUUUUCAAGGACUACGCGGAAUCACACAAGAAACUCUCAGAACUGGGCUUUACUCCCCCGCGCAUCCCGUCGAGAAGCGAAUCAGAAACCCCCCCUCCGAUUCUUUCGACAUGCAAAUCAGUUGCCAAGGGGAGGAAAUUACUAGUGAGGAGCGCCGUCGGAGUUGCAGUCGCUGCGGCGGUGAUCAUUCUGAUUACAUCCAGGAAGUUCAGGAAAACCAAAUGAUUAUCUUUUAUGCUCUGUACUGAAACCCAGCAGUAGUAAAAUAUGGAACAUGUCUCAAUUUCUUAUGUAUAGGUGUUGAAAGAUUCUACUGAUAUGCCAAAAGAAGAUGCUCCAAACAUAUGUAUUUGCAACAAUGCAUAUUGCAAAAGGAGAAUGCUAUGUUAUGAAAUAGAUGUGGAUAAAUAAUUCAGCUUC